UCACAAACUGCCUUGGGACGCGGCCACAGUCAUUCCAAGUCGUGUGACUCGGGAGGUCUGGAGAAGAAGCUUCUCGGGAGCGGGUUCGUUUGACCAGCUGUAGGACGGAACCGACGGAAUCGUUGACACAGCGCGUCCCAUCACUACUUUACCGGAGCAAGACGAAACUCGUCACAUUUUGUUUUUGUGUCGCUGCGCGUAGCAGUUUCUCUGCCGAGUUAGCUUAAUUUAGGCCGCUAGCAGCUGUCUUAAAUAGACGCGUUUGUUGGCGACACAUCACUGAGCAGACAUCCGGUGGAACCGUCUUGGGUUGGAGUGUGAAAAUGUGGGCCAGGGCCACGACUGAGUACGCGGGGGAACUUUUUGGCCCCAAGGAGGAAAACCAACGUCAUCGUCAACGACCGGAAGCUGUUUGCCAGCAGCCUCGUGUUGUGUUACGCAGAGCAGACAUCAGUAACUGUGAUCUCACGAAACAGCAGGCGCCAGGGCCCCCGUACAUGAAAGAGGAAAAGGACGAAAAGGUCCCCCACUUUAAAGAAGAGGAGCAGGAGUCUCUUUCCAUUAAAAUGGAGGAGGAGCCAGAGCACUCUUGCACGAUGGAGGGACAAGAGUCUCCCUACAUUAAAGAGGAGGAGGAAGAGCAGGCGAAUAUCUGCAAGUUGCCAUCGAGUGGUGUCCCUUUGAAGAGUGAAGAUGAAGGUCAGAGUGAGGUGAGCAGAAGAGCGGAGCCUCCAGGCAGCAACUCAAGUCAACACAAGAAAACUGAAGGUGAGGGAGAACACCGCGGAGCAUCGCAAGCAGUGGGCCUCUCAGCUCCACGCCCAGACAGCGACGACACGUCAUCAUGCCCUCCUCCCGCUGAUGAGUUUGAAGAUGAUCUGGAAUGUCAUCCUGAAAACCAAAGCCGGAAAUGUUCUCAGUGUGGAAAAAUGUUUGCAAAUCAGAGCUGGUUAAGAAGUCACGAAAGAACCCACACUGGUGAGAAACCUUUUGCCUGUUCAGUCUGUGGCCAAAGAUUCUCUCAUAAGACAAGCUUAACUGAUCACGCACGAACCCACACCGGUGAGAAACCUUUCGCCUGCUCAGUUUGCGGCAGAAGAUUCUCUCGGAAGGGAAGCUUAAGGGAUCACACAAGAACCCACACUGGUGAGAAACCUUUCGCCUGUAAAGACUGUGGCCAGCGGUUCUCUCAUAAGACAAGCUUUGAAAUACACACAAGAGUCCACACCGGUGAGAAACCUUUUGUCUGCUCAGAUUGUGGCCAAAUAUAUUCUCAGAAGGGCUACUUAAAAAUACACGCCAGAACCCACACUGGGGAGAAACCUUUUGCCUGCUCCGUUUGUGGCCGAAGAUUCUCAAGGAAGGGAAGCUUAACUGACCAUAUGCGAACUCACACCGGUGAGAGACCUUUUGCCUGUUCGGUUUGUGACAAGCGAUUCUCCGUCAGGAAAAGCUUAACUGACCACACAAGAACCCACACCGGGGAGAAAUCUUGCGGAUGCUCAGUUUGUGGCCAAAGAUUCUCUCUGCAAGUUCACUUAAAAAGUCACAGAAGAAUCCACACUGGUGAGAAGCCUUUCUCCUGUGCGGUUUGCGACCGAAGAUUCUCUCAGAAGGGAGACUUAAAAAUCCACACCAGAACACACACUGGUGAGAAACCCUUCGCCUGCUCACACUGUGGCCGGAAAUUCUCUCGGAAACGAAGCUUGGUGAGACACACGAGAACACAUCCUGGCGAGAAUCCUUUCGCUCUUCAGAUCGUGGCCAAAGAUUCUCUCAGAAGACAGGCCGAAUGAGUCACACAAGAACCCACACCGUUUGAAGGAAGACCCCCUCCUUGCCCGCUUUGCAGUCCUCACCCGCGACUCCUCAUCGACCGCCCAAGGCGAGGCGUCGCCCUUCUCG